AUGUCGGCUCCUAACGACGACAUGGAAAUGGAGAAGAUUGCCGAAGACGAGCUGUUCAAAUUGCAGAGACAGUACCGCGUGAUGGAGGUCGACCGGGCGACGGUGACGAACAGCGUGCAGCCGACGCUGAGGAUGCAGAGGAACAUCAUCAGGACCCUAAGCGCUGAGCUGGAGAAGGUCAUGCUCGAGCUGAAGCUUACGAGCAGUACUUCGAACGUGUUGGAGAACGCUAGAACUAGGGAGAGGCUCAUCACGCUCCUGAAGGAACACGAAAGAUGUUCCGCCGAGGUGCGGGAACACCGCACGAACAUCAGCGAGCUGGACUUCCUCCUUAGGCAGGUGCAGAAGGAGAUCAAGGCGCUCAAAUCCAAAGGAACGGGCUUCGAAAAGGAUUACGCGAACAGCAUGACGACCCAAAGUGUGGUGGUGCAACUGGAGAAUCGACUGGACACCGCAAUGAAGAAGUUCAACACGGUGAACAGCGACAACUUCAAGCUGAGGCUCGAGAUAGACUGUCUGCUUCGCGAUCGGCAAUUCUUCAACACGACCUGGCGUAACCAGAUCAAGAGGCUAAUGGAGGGCAAAGCCCAAAUCCUGGAGCUGGUGGAGCAGGCGAUAGGGACUUACGAACAGCGCGAGGAGUGGUGCGCGAAGCUGGACGCGUUGAGGGAGAAAGCCGCCCUCGACUACAGGAAGCAUUGUCUCGAAGUGAGGGAGCUUCAGCGCCAGCUCGAGCACAGCAUGAAGCUCGAGGAGUUCCUGCGCACGAAGGGCACCGUCCGCCUGACGGCCGCUGAUGCCAGGGCCGAAGCGAGAAGGCUGCAACAACAGGAGCAGGAGAUGCGCUCCUACAGCCGCCACGCCAACGUUUUGGAGGCGAUCAAGGAGUACACCGGGGAGCAGGAGUUGGAGCGGCUCACGCAGGAGUUCGCCCGCCGCGAGGAGGAGAACUACGCGUUGUUCAACUACGUGAACGAAUUGCACGCGGAGCUGAAGGCUCUGGCGGACAACGUGGCGACGCUCGGGACCGCCAUCGACGAGGAGCGAGCAAAGCACGAAGCCAAGAUGUACAAGCAGCAGGACAAUGUGGAGACGCUGCGAGCUGAGCUGCAAAGGCGCCAGCUCGAGGCGGAGUCCGCAGCCGCCGCCUGCAGCAGAAGCGGGGACUCCCUCGACAGUCUGCUGCGGAGAGUCCGGGAACUCGCCCAGUCGUCGGACUGCGACUCUCUGCCACUACUGAGGUUGCUCGGGAAGUCCUUCGACAUAAACGUCACCAACGCACGCCUCUACAUCAAGAGCUUGGAGAAGAGGAUCGCCGAAAUGGUCGACGCCAUCAAAGCGGACGAGGCGAUGCAGCGGCACGCGGAGAGCAGGGAGCGCGCCACGCCGGCGGGUCGACGACCCCGCCGCGCCCCCCCCUCGCCCCGCCCGCCCCGGCCCCUGCACGCUCACGCU